AUGGUCCUCUUAAUUGCAACGGAUCGCAUCCUUGCGGCCUUGGAGGCAGUUCCUGCUCCUCGUCGAGAGAAACUUGAUCUCCCUUCCUCGUUGGAUCUUCACGGGCCGAUUGCACACAGCCAGCUCCUGCGCCUAUCGAAACACCUCCAGAAUGACGCCGAAUACAACUCCACAGAUCGUGGGAUGUCAAUGAAUAGCCCUACAAUUCUGAGCGCCCUCCUGCGCGGCACAAAAGUCUACGUACCACCACCGCCUAAGAAACCCGAGCCUUCCCCCGAAUAUCUCGCCGAGAAAGCCCGCCUCCAAGCCCUAGCCGAAAGACAAGCCUACCAACGCCUGCUAAAUCCAGCCUACACCCCGAACCCAGAUCACGCAGACCCAUACGCCACAAAAGCCGAUGGAACACCAUAUAGCGAAGAUACACUUACUCCUUCACUGGUGCUAAACAUUUUCCUCUCAACAAUCAUCACCGGAGCCGCCGUGUAUUGGGGCCUAACCAGCUUCGGCAUGCCACGUAUCCUGGCGUCAAUAUUUUCGGCGAUGACGGGUCCGGCUCCGGGCGAUGGAAUGGAGGCUCGGGAUGCUGUUGGGGCGUCCGAGGCUGUGCGGGUUCUUCUAUCAUUCUUUGCGGCGUUAUCUGUUGCCGUUGCCGAGUCGGUUUUGUAUGCGGUUUAUCUUGGGAAGGUUGUUGAGGCUAGGAAUAAGGAGAGGAAGCUGAAGGAGAAGAAGGUUGUCAUUGGACCCGUAGAAGGGGAUGAUGAUCUUGAUGAGGGAGUGAUUGUUGGUGAAGGGGAGAAGGAGGAAAUUUGGGGUAAGGGAGUUAACGGAGGUGUGAGGCGGAGGAUGAGGGAGAAAUGGGAAAAAGAGCAAGAUCAGACUCAAGACUGA